AUGGAGCCAGCGAAUGAGGAUACUGGCCUCGUGCCUUCGCCGCACCCAAACUCCCCCUCCCUCGAACCUUCGGCUACCUCCAGCACGGACAACACCACCCUGAACACAAAUACAUCUCCCUCCAAUCUGUCCAUCAACGGCGAUGAUACCCCUUUGCUUCAAGCUCGGGAUGCCUCGAGUAAUGAGCGCCCGAUUUCCGGGAUAGUCCCUCCAUAUUGGACCCAUCACAGAGCUGCUUCCAGAAUCUCCCAGAUAUCUCUCGACGCUGGCCCGGCUAUCACCCUCGAGGACCACACGGAAGAUCCGGAAUGUGAGACUAGUCGUGGACUGUGGGCGAAGAGCGUCUCAGUAGAUGAUUAUGUUGUUGUUCAGGGAAAGACAGGGAUUGGAUCGUACGUAGUCUGGAAUUGCAGGGUUCAAACACUUGAUGGUGGCCCUAUAACAGUUCGAUUGAGGUAUUCCGAGUUCGACGACCUACGACAACGCCUCAUAGUAUCAUUUCCGCAUGCCAAAAACGCACUUCCUCCCUUACCUCCUAAGAGUGUAAUCUUCAAGUUUCGUCCUAAAUUUCUUGAAUCGCGUCGUGCUGGUUUGGAAUAUUUUCUGAACUGCGUUCUACUGAACCCUGAAUUUUCUAGCUCUCCGAUUGUCAAGGAUUUCCUUUUUGGACGGACGUGCUAA